AAAGUCCGCUUUUGGGUUCCCGGGCGGGAGGCGGCCGAGCGAGCGCGCUUGCAGUUGCGCCGGAGUUGGCUGAGCGCGCUCUGCUUUGGGAAGGUUUAGCGGCAUUUUUUUUUUUUUUUGCGCAGCCCUGGCGGUGGCGGCGACUUCUCCGUCGGGUCCCCGGUGUGGCUUUUUUCCCCUAAAGCCAGUCAUUUGAAAACUUCUGUGGCUUGUUUUAUGAUUUUCCUGCAAAAGCUGGAAGGCAGCAGAAUGUCUCGUCGGGCUCGCUGUGAAGAGCAAGAAGAACUGCUUUACCAGGAUUCAGAUGUGAUAGACCGACGGGAUAACAGAUGUAAAGUCAAGUGGUCUCGUGAAGAAGAUGAGCUAUUGAAUUCCCUGGUGACACAGUUUGGACAUGACUGGAAAUUUCUAGCAAGUCAUUUUCCUAACCGCACUGAACAGCAAUGUCAGUAUCGCUGGCUAAGAGUGCUAAACCCUGUUCUUGUGAAAGGCCCAUGGACUAAACAAGAAGAUCAGAAGGUCAUUGAAUUGGUGAAAAAGUAUGGCACAAAGCAAUGGACGCUCAUAGCCAAACAUUUGAAAGGCCGGCUAGGAAAGCAAUGUCGGGAACGCUGGCACAACCACCUGAAUCCUGAAGUCAAGAAAUCAUCCUGGACGGAAGAGGAAGACCGCAUAAUAUGUGAGGCUCACAAGAUACUUGGAAACCGGUGGGCUGAGAUUGCCAAGCUGCUCCCUGGAAGGACUGAUAACGCUGUGAAAAACCAUUGGAAUUCUACAAUCAAAAGGAAGGUGGACACAGGCGGCUUUCUUAAUGAAGCAAAAGAAUCCAAACCUCUUUAUUUGCUCGUGGAGGUAGAAGGCAAUGAAGGACAAAAUACACCAGAAGGGGAAAAUCAGCAGCAGUUUUUGACCAACUGGCCUGUCCAGACUUUGGAAAUAAAGAAGGAAGAAGUCGCUGAUGAAGAGCCAGCAGAUCUACAGAUGUUGCCGUCUGAGCCAAUGCUUGAAAGCCUAGUGGAGCCCAGUGACAAUGAAGCAUCAGAAACCAUGGUGCCAGAGGAUCCUUUGAAUGGGAGUUCUGUGUGCACAUGGGUGGUUGAAUCAGGCAAUUAUUUAUGUACUGCUGCAGCUCCAGCUAUUUCAGAAGCCCUGGACAUGAUUGAAUCUGACCCAGAUGGCUGGUGUGAUCUCUCUCAGUUUGACCUACCUGAUGAUCUGUCUGCAAGUAACAGCAACAGUCCGGAGAGGCAAGCCUCUAUAAAACCCUACUGCUCAUCACAGAAUGUAACAGAGUACCGUUUAGAUGGCCACACCAUUUCGGAUCUCAGCAAAGGGAGCAAGGGUGAACUCAUCCCCAUUUCACCUUGCACAGACAUGAGCUUUGGCACCCCCCCUGCUGUGCUCAAGAGGCAAAAGAAGAGGAAAAUAAGUCUCUCGCCAGUUUUGGAGCGUGGCACCAGUACAAGCCUUUCCUUCCUUGAUUCCUGUAUGACACCCAAGAGCACUCCGGUUAAAAGCACCCCUGUCAAAACUUUGCCAUUCUCCCCAUCCCAGUUCCUGAAUUUAUGGACCAAACAAGACACUUUUGAUUUGGAGAACCCUUCCUUAACUUCCACACCCGUUUGUAGCCAGAAGGUGAUUGUGACAACCCCACUGCACAGGGACAAGACCCCACUACUGCAGAAGACCUCUGUAUUUGUAACUCCUGAUCAGAAAUAUACGGCAGAUAAUACACCUCAUACGCCAACUCCUUUUAAGAAUGCUCUAGAGAAGUAUGGCCCAAUAAGGCCUUUGCCCCAAACACCUAAUCUUGAAGAAGAUUUGAAAGAAGUACUCUGGAGUGAGACUGGAAUGGAACUGAUCAUAGAAGAUGACGUGAAGCCAGAGAAACAGAAGAGAAAACAGGGUUUGCACAGGAGUCCAAUUAAGAAGGUCAGGAAAUCUCUUGCUUUGGAUGUUAUUGAUGAAGACUUGAAGUUGACUGUUUCUUCUGUGGCCAACCCUAUUUGCUUCAAAAGAACUCAGUCCCUAAACUUUUCCUUGUCAAGCAGCAAGAAUGACAACAGCUUACUCAACAGAGGAUUUGUGCACAUAAAGACUGAGAAGGUGCCAUCUUCCAGAAGAAGCCAAAGUAAAUUCAGGGUACCAGCUCUGAUGUCCAGUGCUUGGAAAACUGUGGCUUGUGGUGGUUCCAAGGAUCAGCUGAUCAUGCAAGACAAAGCUCGUCAAGUCCUGGGUGUUUUGAAACAGAAUCACACAUCUCGGACAUUGAUCCUAUCUUGAAGAGCCCUAAUAAUAUGUAGUUCUGCUUUUUGGAAUAUAUGGAAGUGCGGGAAGAGAAAAUAACUGACUUUUUCAGCACAACUUCUCUUUUGUGACCUCUGAGAUUUGUAUUGUACUGAGUUUCUGAUUCUAAGUGGGGUGUAGAAAAUUUGGGCCUAGCAGAAUGCCAAGAAUGUGGCAGCCCUAAGUGCAAAGAAAUAUCCAUUCUCCUCCUUGGCCAUUUGCAUAAGUGGAAACAGAUACUGUUUUGUCCUUGCCUUCAAUUGACCUGCAAGAGGGACCUAUGAGCUGAAUGAAUGGACAUUGAUGUGGAAAACCUGGAUGUCUGGAUCUAGUUAGUUUCCACCAACUCUGUUCAGCUUUGCAGAGUUGGGCAAUGGAUUUGGAUAAAAAGGAAGAUUACAUAUUAUCAGGUGGUAGUAUCUGUGAACGCCAGUCUGAACCCUGAAGAUGAUCUGAUAUACUAUGAAACAUUGAAGCCACUUCCUCAGAGCAUUGUUGACUAAAAAACUAAUGCACUGCCUUUAUCUUUUGUCAACAUGUGUUGCUCUUACAGAAAUCCAGGAUUACUUAGAAAGCAAGCUGCAAUGUACAAACCCAGUUUGUGUAAUAUUUCCAGUGUCCACCAGAGGGUGCUGACGUCAACACAUUGCUCUAGCUCAGCCUAAUAUAAAUCCAUCUAAGAAACAAGCCAGCUAUCUGAAAGAAACAGUAAAUGUAUUAGGUGCAUAUUCUUCUAAGAGACUUUGGGAACACACAUGUAUAAACCUGAAGGCAUGGGACAUACUGCACAAGAAAAGCUACAGUGGGUGUAAAUUUGCUUCUGACAAUGAAAGCCACAUAUACAGUUUUGCUGUAGAAGGCGACAUUGGUGUAAUCUUGCAAAUGAAAUGGGUCUCAUUGAUGUGAACAGUAAAAGAGGCAGUGUUUGGGAUAAGUUGUGCCUUGUUUGGGGCUUGUGCUAUUCAUUUGAAGAGUAUCAUGGUGAUUGGAGAGAUCCUGCCAAAUCAAAUCAUAUUUGUUAACGAGCUUCUGGGUGCCUGAAGCCAAUUGCAAACCUGUGUUAUUGGGGCAAAGAGUCAUGUUGCUGUGCUAUAGGUCCAUGGUGCAAUAGAUAGGGAAACAGACUGUACAUCCACAUCCGCUUCUCUAUUAUCAGGGACAGAUCCAUAGGCUUGCCUUUGCAAAAUGUUUAAUAUGAACCUCAAUCAGUAUGAAAGCCUUUCUCAGAAGUACUUGAAUAUUUUAAAUAUGCAUGUGCAUUUAAAUGUCAGUCACCCUAUACACGUCUCUGAUAUCUGUAAAUCAAUAUCUUAAUUGGGACCCUUGAAGUCUGAAUUUCCAAGGCUUUUCGUAAGGCAGGAAAGGAAAAUAAGGAGAGAGAAGUCUUGAAUGACAUUAGCAUGAGGUUAAACCACUGAGAGAAUAUGGGAGAUUCUCUAAGCUGAUAUUGAUUGUAUCAAAAUACAGAUGUUCCAGGGAAGAAGAGCCAAUUAAGUUUUCAUUUUUGAAAAUAGGAAUUUCAUUAGUUAAAAUCAAAACCUUUUCCUACUUCUGUGAGAUGCAGAAACUUUAGUAGAUAGAAAUAAGAAAAGCCACAAGGCAGGGGUGCCAAUGCGUCACGCACAGGCCAUGCCCACCCCAGCUCUGUGAAUGGGAAAAACAUCGCAAAACACGUGAUGGCAAUGUGAUGCAGCAAGUUUGACAUCCGUGCCACAAGGCAUCUCUUCUGAGUAGCAAAGCUGGUGAUCAUCUUAAAUGGUGAAAUUAUAUCAAUCAUGCCUGAUAAGUUCUUGAAAAUUCAAGCUUGCAGCUGUUUGUAAGUCUUCAAGAGGCCUAGUUAAGCUAUUACUUUAUCUGUUUUAGAUUCCCCAAGAACCAGCAGUAUCAUCUUGAUUUCUUUCAUUAUUUAUGCUAUCUAAUCCACACUGCUAUGAUUGCUGUUGAGCAAGUCUUUAUCUCUGUAUAUAACCUACCUCACAGGGCUGUUGUGAGGCAAGCUGUACAGCUCUGAAGGAAUGGAAAAGAUACAAAUAAAACAAGGCUAACAAUUAGAAA